AGGGCAGGACGGAGCUGUCCCUCAUCACUUCAGAGCCUUCACCGCAGCAUUCAUCCACAGCAAUGCCAACUGGACCUUGGGGCGUCAUCACAUGUCAAACCCCCUGACAUCGCUAGAUGUAGUCGCAAUUCAUGUGCUUUAUUUCUGACUCCGUUUUUACCCUUUCUCUACAAUGGGCUACAUGAUUGUGUCAUGUCAGCCUGAAGAAAACUGCACCUUCUCAUAUUUCAAUUUUUACUCGGAGUUUGACAAGACGUUGGCAGUAAAAGUGGUGGAGACCUUAGUCCUCUCCAUAGUGUUCACAUUCUCAUGCUUUGUAAAUAUUUGUGCCAUUGUCUUGCUUGUCAGAAAGAAGAAACUGGUCACUGCCAACUGCUUUGUACUGAACCUUUUCUGUUCGGACUUGCUGUUCAUCAGCAUGAUACCGCUCAUCUUGGUCAUCCGCUGGACGGAGGUUUGGAUCUUAGGGGAUUUCUUCUGCCAUUUGCUUUUUUAUGUAAUCUGCCUCAGUGGUUGCGUGAUCCUGAUCUCCCUGUCUGCAGUGAGCCUGGAGAGGAUGAUCUGUAUCAUGAAGGUGUCCCAGGCCACCACUUGUAAUGUUAAAUUGGUGGCUGUAGGAAUUGUGACCAUCUGGGGCUUCUCAGCCAUGACUGCCUUACCUAUGUGUCUGUUCUUCAAUGUAAUAACACAGAAAGUGAAUAACCGGGAUGUCCAGGUCUGCACUCUUGUUUGGCCAACGGCUGCAGAAGAAAUUGCAUGGGAUAUUUCAUUCAUAGUAUUGGACUUUUUGAUACCAGGAUUAAGUAUUAUAGUCAGUUACACCAAGAUCUUCAAGAUCACAAAGGAAACCAGAGAGCGGAUGAUCAGCAGUACGGCUUAUUCUGAAGUCCACCAGUGCCGAGUGUCCCAGCGAGACUACAGACUCUUCAGAACCCUCUUUAUUCUUAUGAUCUCUUUUUUCGUCAUGUGGACCCCUGUGUUCAUAAUUGUCCUUUUGCUUCUUCUUCAUAACCUGACAAAUCACUUUGUCUUACCACCUAUGGUUUUCUUCUGGAUCACUGUGUUUACAUUUUGCAACUCAAUAGUUAAUCCAAUAUUGUACAACAUCAAUUUACUCAGGCAGAAAUGGUGGAGGGUCAUUUUCUGUGGAAACUCUGAGAACAUUCUGGACACAGAGACCACCAAUAAACGGAAUGACGUGACGACUCAGAAUAGGACAUCGGAUAACAAAUAAAGACCUUGACAUAUCAUAGAAAGACUCCACCAAAAAGAAUAUGGUCUUUUUAUACUCCCGUUAUGUGUGUUCCCUUUUUAUUUUUGAGUUUAUUUGUUGGCAUUCCAAAUCCUCAAUAUGCUACAGCCGAGAACAGUGGUCUACAAACUGGGGACAUCCAGCUGACUACAGUGAAGAAAAAAAAGUAUUUGAUUUUGUACGUUUGCCCUUUGAGAAAGAAAUGAUAAGGGUAUAAUUGUAAUGGUCAUUUUCUUUUAACAGUGAAAAACAUCCAGAAAGUCGCAUAAUCAAUAAGUUCUGAAUUAAUUUGCCUUUUACUCAGUAAAAUAAGUAUUUGAUCCCCUAUUAAUCAGAAAGAUUUCUGUCUCCCAGGUAUCUUUUAUACAGGUAACAAGCUCAAUGAUUCAGAGGUUCAUUGACAAACUUCAGACGGGCCUGAACAUGAGCUUUUUUGAGAAGGGAUCUGCAGGAUUUCAGUCCUUUACAUCAUGAUGUGUUCUUGGGGACUGUGGUUCCAGCUGCUUUGAGAUCAUUGACAAGAUCAUCUGUUUAGUUCUAGGCUAGGAUUAGUAAAUUACUUCUAUUAAAAAAUCUUAAUCCUUCCAGUACUUAUCAGCUGCUGUAUGCUCCAGAGGAAGUUGUGUGGUUCUUUACAGUCUUACCAGAGUGUUCUCUGCUGACACCACUGUCCGUAUCAUGAGCUGUCCAGAGUAGGAACAAAUCCCUAUAGCAAACCUAUCCUGCUCCGGACAGUUUUUGAUAUGGACAGAGGUGUCAGCAGAGAGCAUUGUGGGCAGACAGAAAUGAAUUAAAAAAAAGAAAAGAACUUCCUGUGGAGCAUACAGCAGCUGAUAAGUACUGGGAGGAGUAGCAUUUUUAAAUAGAUGUAAUUUACAAAUCUGUUUAACUUUCUGGCACAAGUUGAUUUAAUUAAAAUUUUUUUUUCCAUGGGAGUACCCGUUUAAAGCAUAUCCAUGUCAUUGGCUCUGCUUUCUAUUAUGUUGUUCUGCUCUUCUGGUUCAUCAGCGGACAGACAUCUAUUAUUAUACCCAAUUUCUGUUAUUCUAGCCUGACCUCUUCAACAAACGUUCCUUCAUUACAGGAAUUCAAUUUUUAAAAAUGAAAAAAUAGGGGGCGGCAAAGUUGUUUACAGCUUGUUCAAUAGUGUGAAUAAUGGCAUUCCCAAGAAAUUGUCACUAAGACAAUUCAACUGUAAACAGGGACACCCGUGGGUCCUUCCUACCUGUUGGUUGUUCAUAGUAAUGUUUAACCUUAUAUGUGGAUAGUCAAUAUAUGGCUAGUCGGACUGGACCUGUGACUUUCUUUAUCCCAUACCAAAAGGUGGCAGCCUAUCCAUGCCAUUUUUUUACCGAUAUCAUGCGGAGACACAACUUGAAAUUCUGGUGCUAGGGCCUGAUAGCAACUGCAACCUCUGCACCCUACGGCACCUCUAUCACCCAGGUAUCACACUUACUUGUUCCAUGAUCCAAGAUAACAAUAAAACAACUCACAAUGUAAAAUAAUAACCCAAUCCCCUGUGAUUCUGCUAAUUUGAUAAAGGUCAACUAAAUAAUUUCGUCUGAUGUUAUGUACAGAAUGUUGCACUCUUUUGUUACAGUGAUA